AUGUUCCAGCUCAGCAACGACACCGAGUUCUCAUUCAUCCUCAGCGAAUAUCUUUCCCUAGCCAACGAAGGUGGUAGCGCCACUGGGGAAGUCCUCCGAGCAGCUGCUGUGAUCGAGCCAAACAAUCCUGAGAGUUGGUAUCACGAAUUCAAAUUUCUUGCAGACAAGAUCCGUGAACAGGCUGUUGCUGCCGAGAAGAAGAAGGACUGGGUCUCUGCUCGCUCAGCCUACUUCCGAUCAUCAUCUUACUACCGAGGCGCCGACUUCUUCCUGCACGGUAACCAGUCUGAUCCUCGCAUCAAUACCCUGUGGCAGAAGCAGAAUGCAAGUUUCACAAAGGCUGUAAACCUUCUCCCCAAGCCCCCGACCUUUGUGGAGUUGAGGGCAACCAAAUUCACUGUUCCAGCGUACUUCUACCCAGGAGACUCUCAACUCCCUGCUGGGAAGCGCCUUGGCUACAGCAAGAAGAUCCCAACAGUCAUCGUUGGAACCGGGUACGAUGGAUCUCAAGAAGCUCUCUACCAUAGCAACUGUCGCGAGAUCAUUCAGCGCGGCUGGAACUGCAUCACAUACGAAGGCCCAGGACAAGCGACAGUGCGUCGACAGCAGAAUCUCGGCUUCAUGCCUGAGUGGUGGGAGGCUGUUAUCCCCGUUGUCGAUUAUGUUCGCAGUCGGAAUGAUGUUGACCCUGACCGAGUUGCUCUAAUUGGUAUGUCGUUUGGUGGACUUCUUGCGCCGUUGGCUGCGACACAUGAACAUAGAUUGGCAGCUGUUCUUGCGAUCGACGGAAUGCUUAACCUUCAACGCUCCAUCCUUGAGCAAUUCCCUCCCGCUUUGACCAAGCUUUUCCUUUCAGGUAACAGCACUGCAUUUGAUGAUGAGAUCUACAGUCUUCUCAAGAACCCCAAACUCCCUACCGCUCUUAGCUGGCCGAUCAACCAAGGAAUGUGGGCAUGGAACACCAAGAGCCCCUUCAAGUGGUUGACCAUGGUGGGAGAGUUCAAUCUUGAUAAGCAGACCCUCUCCAAGAUCAACUGUCCCGUAUUUGUUGCCUCGGGACAAGAUGACACGACGGCUCCGGAACAGCCAGAGGAAAUGGCGAGGGCUUCUGGAAAGCAGGCGCACUACUUUUUGUUCAAGACGGAGCUGGGAUCUGGGGUUCAUUGUGCAAUUGGGGCGGAGAAUCAGCUUGCCCAGGAGACAUUGGGCUGGCUUGAGGGUGUCUUUGACAAAGUCUCCAAGUAA